ACCACUCCCCCCAUCAUCACCAUCACCCCCACCCCUCUCACCCCCAGUCCCCUCCUCCCUCCUCCCCUGUGGUCACCAUGACGACCACUCCCACUGCUCGUGAGCAUCUCCUGGUGGUGAGGAGGCGCAACCCCCACAUGCGCUACACUCUCAGCCCUGAAAACCUGCGCUCCCUCUCAGCCCAGGGCGGUGAUGGCAUUGGCCCUAGGGGUCACGGCGGGGAAAGGUCAGCUGGUGAACGGUCAGGGGUCGGAGGUCAUGGAGAGGGUCAUGGCGGCGGGCUACAAAGGGCCAAUAGCGACACGGACCUGGUGACCUCGGAGAGCAGGUCAUCGCUGACUGCGUCGACAUACGAGUUCACGAUGGGGCGGGGCCAAAACCUGAUCAUCAACUGGGACAUCAAGGAGGAAGUGGACGCCACGGACUGGAUCGGACUCUACCACAUCGAUGAGACGUGUCCUGCCAACGUGUGGGACUCUAAGAACCGCGGGGUGAACGGCACCCAGAGAGGACAGAUCGUCUGGAGGCUGGAGCCUGGACCUUACUUCAUGGAGCCUGAGACUAAGAUCUGCUUUAAGUACUACCAUGGAGUGAGUGGUGGCUUGAGAGCAACAACCCCCUGCAUCACCGUCAACAACCCAGGACUUCCUGUUAGAGCCGAGGGUCAAGCUGAGGGCCAAUCAGUGACAGAGAACUGUCGGAAACUCGUCAGCUUCACUUUAUCAGAUAUCCGCGCGUUGGGUCUGAAGAAGGGGAUGUUCUUUAACCCUGACCCCUACCUGAAGAUGUCCAUCCACCCUGGGAAGAAGAGUGGCUUCCCCACCUUCACACACCACGGACAGGAGCGCCGCUCUGCCAUCAUAUCUAACACCACCAACCCUGUCUGGCCCGGAGAGAAGUACACGUUUGUGGCUCUGAUGACGGAUGUCUUGGAGAUCGAGGUGAAGGAUAAGUUUUCUAAAAGCCGACCAAUCAUCAAGCGCUUCCUGGGUCAGCUGACCAUCCCAGUGCAGAGGCUGCUAGAGAGACCUAAUGCAGAGGACCAGCCGCUAAGCUAUACCCUGUGUCGUCGUCUGCCCACGGACCAUGUGAGCGGCCAGCUGCAGUUCAGAGUGGACAUGACCUCUGGACAUGACGAGGGCUCUCCUGAUGCCAUGGGUUCCAUCUUGGGUUUAUCAGUGAACGGGGACCCUGGGAGCCCCUCUGACGAUGAAGACCCCCACCCUUCCUCCAGGGCCCGGGGCCCCUCUCCUACAGGUUCCUACUCCUCCCUGCUCAACGGAGAGGUCCACAGGGAUGGAGAUGAUGUCUGGAGUGAUGCCCGGGGGGCGGUAGGCGAGCUAGACGUCCUGGGAUUGGCAAUCCCGGGCGGCCACACCCAUCGACAGGUGUCCCUCAACGACUACCUGGAUUCCAUCGAAGCUCCUAAGGGCCCAGGAGAACGGCCCCUGGGCGCGACGUCACCCAAGCUGAGGUCCAGUUUCCCCACGGACACACGACUCAGCGCCAUGCUGCAUAUAGACUCUGAUGAAGACGAGGAGGCAGGGCCGUCCAGGGACCAUCCACCACAUGACAGGAAGCCCUUGCUGCCACUGACCAAUGGUGUUCAGGCUGGGGCUGGGAAGGGAGUUGCCUCUUCAGAACAGGGCCUGGGGAAACAGGAGAAAGAGGGGACAGAGGCAAACAGGGGAGAGGUUGAGGGAGCACAGGGGACACAAGCUGGGACAGGGACUGGAGAUAGAGAUGGAGCUGGGGCUGGAGAUGGGGCUGGAUCUGUGGAUGGGGCUGGAGAUGGGGCUGGAUCUGUGGAUGGGGCUGGAGAUGGAGCUGGAGAUGUGGAUGGAGCUGGAGAUGCAGUUGAAGCGAGGACUGGAGCUGGAUCCAUGGCUGUGAUUGGAUCUCUAACUAUAGCCAGACCUGGAUCUGUGGUUGGAUCUCUAACUAUAGCCAGACCUGGAUCUGUGGUUGGUCCUGGGGCUGGAGCUGGGGCUCCUCUAUCUCCAAUACCUGAGACGAAUACUGCAGUGCAGGAGGUGUCAGAGAAUGCCGUGGCUGCCAGGACUGAGGCCAGCCAGCAACCAACAAUCUCAGGGGCCACAGCAGCCCAGGGGCCCCUCAGGAACUCACUGCCUGCUGUUCUGAAGACAUCCACUACUCAGAAGGGACAGAAGGAAGAGGAAAUGGCGCCCAAGGCUGAGGAGGAAGGGGCGGAGUCAUCCAGUGAAGGAGCAAGUGCCAUCGCAGCCCCCCCGACGACCUGUAGCGUUGCCGACCAAGGGGGUGGGGCCUCUGGCUCUGAUGUCACAGGAGCAAGGACCGCCGGCGCAGCAGUCAAUGAGGAAGAAGAGGGUGGGGAGAUCUGGCAGAGGAGGUCCAUGCAGGCGUCUGGAGGCGUGUCUCAGGAGGAGGGGGCGCGGUCUUCUGAGGCCAGCGGGCCAAUCAACUCUUCUCAGAGUGUCUCUGAGGAGGGCAGAGAGGCAGGAGGGGCCACAGCUCAAGUCAACGGUCACCAGUCUGUCCGCUCCCUGGCCUCUGUCCGUCACGACAUUGGUCGCUACCAGAGAGUAGAUGAGCCACUUCCUCCCAACUGGGAGGCCCGUAUAGACAGUCACAGUCGUGUCUUCUAUGUGGACCAUGUGAACCGCACCACCACCUGGCAGAGACCCACCGCUCCUCCAGCACCACAGCUCCUCCAGAGGUCCAACAGCAUACAGCAGAUGGAACAGCUCAACCGCAGGUAUCAGAGUAUACGCAGGACGAUGACCAAUGAGAGAACAGCAGAGGAGCUGACAGCGCCACCCGAGGUGCCCACCGACGACACUGACCACACUAUCCCAGAGUAUCGUCGUGAUGGUGUGGUGGCUCCAGAUAGCUCUCGGUCUCGUCUCAGUCUGCUCCUCCAGUCUCCCAGCGCUAAGUUCCUGACCAGCCCUGACUUCUUCACCGUGCUGCAUUCCAACCCUAGUGCCUACCGCAUGUUUACAGGUAACACCUGCCUGAAACACAUGAUCAGUAAGGUGCGUCGGGACACACAUCACUAUGAGCGCUACCAGCACAACAGAGACCUGGUGGUUUUCCUCAACAUGUUCUCCAACAAACAGCUGGAGCUGCCCCGUGGCUGGGAGCUGAAGCACGACCACACUGGCAAGCCUUUCUUUGUGGACCACAACUGCCGGGCCACUACGUUCAUCGACCCUCGGCUCCCUCUCCAGAGCAGCACGCGUCCCAGCAGCCUCCUGGCCCACCGCCAGCACCUGACCAGACAACGCAGUCACAGCGCUGGCGAGGUCAGCCCACAACACAUGGUGGGCGAGCACCCUCGUCACUCUGGAGGAGGACCCCCUGUGAUGCCCCGCCCAUCCAGCACCUUCACCACGGUCAGCCGCACCCAGUACCAAGACGUAGUGCCAGUGGCUUACAACGACAAGAUAGUGGCGUUUCUACGACAACCCAAUAUCUUUGAGAUCCUGCAGGAGAGACAGACAGAGUUUAUCAGGAACCACUGGCUCAGGGAGAAGGUGCAGUUGAUUCGUAAUGAAGGGGCCUCUGGUCUGGCCAGGCUGUCUGGUGAUGCAGACCUGGUCAUCCUCCUCAGCCUGUUUGAGGAGGAAGUGAUGUCAUAUGUUCCGCCUCACGCCUUACUGCACCCCAGCUACUGCCAGUCCCCACGAAGCUCCCCCGUGUCCUCCCCACAGAACUCACCUGGAACACAGCGAGCUAAUGCCCGUGCCCCGGCCCCCUACAAGCGAGACUUCGAAGCCAAACUGCGAAACUUCUACCGCAAACUGGAGACCAAAGGUUACGGCCAGGGCCCAGGGAAGUUAAAUUCCCCCCUGUGUGUGUCUCUUCCUCCCCCAACCCCCAGGUUGAUCAUCCGUAGGGACCAUCUCCUGGAGGAUGCCUUCAACCAGGUCAUGUGUUACUCCCGUAAAGACCUGCAGAGGAGCAAGCUCUAUGUCAGCUUCCUGGGAGAGGAGGGCUUGGACUACAGCGGCCCGUCCAGAGAGUUUUUCUUCCUGGUGUCUAGAGAGCUGUUCAACCCGUACUACGGCCUGUUUGAGUACUCCGCCAACGACACCUACACCGUUCAGAUCAGCCCCAUGUCUGCCUUCGUAGACAACCAUCACGAGUGGUUCCGUUUCAGCGGGCGUAUCCUGGGCCUGGCUCUGAUCCACCAAUACCUACUGGAUGCCUUCUUCACUAGACCCUUCUAUAAGGGCCUGCUGCGCAUCCUAUGUGAGCUGAGUGAUCUGGAGUAUCUGGAUGAGGAAUUCCACCAGAGUCUCCAGUGGAUGAAGGACAACGACAUCGAGGACAUGUUGGACCUCACCUUCACUGUCAAUGAGGAGGUGUUCGGACAGAUCACAGAGAGAGAGCUGAAGCCAGGCGGGGCCAACAUCCCAGUGACAGAGAAGAAUAAGAAGGAGUACAUUGAGCGCAUGGUGAAGUGGCGUAUUGAGAGAGGAGUGGUUCAACAGACAGAGAGUCUGGUCCGGGGCUUCUAUGAGGUGGUGGAUUCCAGGCUGGUGUCAGUGUUUGAUGCCAGGGAGCUGGAGCUGGUGAUAGCUGGCACCGCUGAGAUAGACCUGGUAGACUGGAGGAGCAACACAGAUUACAGAGGAGGUUACCAUGACAACCACAUAGUGAUCCGUUGGUUCUGGGCGGCGGUGGAGAGGUUCAACAACGAGCAGAGACUCAGGCUGCUACAGUUUGUGACGGGUACCUCCAGUAUUCCCUACGAGGGUUUUGCCUCUCUCCGAGGCAGCAACGGACCCCGCAGGUUUUGUGUGGAGAAAUGGGGAAAAGUUACCUCUCUACCCAGGGCUCACACCUGUUUCAACCGGCUGGACCUCCCUCCAUAUCCAUCCUUCUCCAUGCUGCACGAGAAGAUGCUCACUGCCGUGGAGGAGACCAGCACCUUCGGCCUCGAGUGAUGAUCCCUAUCACCUUUAACCCCCACUCCUCCUACGACCUUUGACCCUGACCUCUGAACUGUAGUAUCACAGAGGUAGAGGAACCCAAGGGGUUCAAGGGGAUGACUGUCUAGUCUGUCUGGCACCCUGUUGUAUCUUUAUACACACACCUUCCUGAAGUGAGCUGAACAGAGGAGAAUAGAGCGAUGUCUAUCAGAGGGUAUGACCCCUGCACAACACCAGGGUUUCCAUGUGACGGUUAAGGUCACUUAGACACACUGCCAACACAAACCAAAAGGAGAGCACCCUAACACUCACACCCUUGUUAUUCCAUUAGACCAAUGGGAGAGAUGGACUCGUAAGCCUCCAAACCAAUCGCACAAUGAAGGAACAAAAACCAAGACCUGGAGUGAGACUCCAACUGGCUCAUCACGUUUUAUUAUUUAAAAUAGGGAUUUCCAGAGGAGUCUUGUAAGGAAGGUGGUGGUCGAGCUUUUCCUGGAGAGCAAAAGAAACAAAGCUCCUUUAUCUCACAGAGAGGCUGAGGUGGACAUCACAGGACAUCGCUCCUCUCUGAGAGGCUGAGGUGGACAUCACAGGACAUCGCUCUUCUCUGAGAGGCUGAGGUGGACAUCACAGGACAUCGCUCUUCUCUGAGAGGCUGAGGUGGACAUCACAGGACAUCGCUCCUCUCUGAGAGGCUGAGGUGGACAUCACAGGACAUCGCUCCUCUCUGAGAGGCUGAGGUGGACAUCACAGGACAUCGCUCCUCUCUGAGAGGCUGAGGUGGACAUCACAGGACAGUGUUGCUCCUGGAGAAGGGGAUGAGAGGAGAGAGGAAGAGAUGAAAGAAGACAAGACAGGUGCUCUUCAGCUGCUGUGGCCACGCCUCCUGCCCUGUCAGGGAGAGAACCAACCAAUCAAGGUCCAGGCAGCUUUGUGACCUGACCUUGUUGAACACUCUGACAGGUGUGCUCUAGAACAGAACACUGAAGUAGCCUAUCAUGAUGCGGUGGUGUCUGUGUGGUGAAGCUGAACUUGGAUCUCUCUACAGGCUUUUCAUCUAUCUGCAAAAUGUAUUUUGUAACGGCCACAAACGAUAUGUUUUUGAAUGUACUGACUGAUAUCACGAUGAUGCGCUUGAAUGUGUCGUUUUUGUACGUCGCUCGAUGACUCGUCAAAUCUAAAUGGCUGCCUCAUUCUUAAACUUCAGGGCAAGCUAUUAGCACGAAUAACCAAACUCAGCUACGGUUUGUAUGAUAAAGACAUUACAUUGAGUUGGCUUUCCCAUAAUGUUAGACACAGCUCACACACACUCUUUCAGUGUUUUAGCUGUUUUCAUUGUUUGCAAGUAAGUUGAUUGUCAUCGUCUCUUUAUCAUUGAGCUACACUGCCAGAGUAGAGGGUGAUCUGAACUUUUUAAAUCCGUCAUGGUUGUUUGUUGCUCUUGUUUUUAUCUUUCUCCUUAUGUACAUUAUCCUGAUUGAAUACGUUGGUUUGAUCUGUUCCUAUUUCAGUAGGGGUUGGGACCCCGAUAUAACAUCAUAUAAUGACAAAUGUUCGUAUGACCAUGAUAAUAUAAGUAAAACAUGGUGAUUAACAACCUGCAUGUCGAGACACACACACACACACUUACAUCAUGCAAGUAUAAUGUGAUCUGUGUGUGGGUGAUGGUAAGGUCAAGGGACAUUUAUAGCUUUAUAGAGACUCGUGACAGAGAACAUGUUGAAGUCAUAUACAAGCACAGAUGCCCAUUGUAUGCUAUUACACUGACUGUUUUGAUGGGGGAAAUGUUGGUUUUCAAGUGAGGGGAAAAAAUAUAUUUUAGAGACGUAUCUACAGUACUAGGAAGUUUUAAGACGAGGAGUAAUGAUAAUAUGAAGGAAGAGUCAUAGAAACAAAUACAUAUUUGUCAUGUUUUUCACUUCAUACUCUGCCUUAGAAGGCAUUAGUCUGCCUUCUGAUACCACCAUAUUCUACUCUCAGGGUGCGUUCCAGGUCGCCUUUACUGCAGUCGCGCUGCUGCUGAGCAUUUUAGCCGAUUACUAUAUUAUAUGUAUAUCAUAUUAAUGUGGUUCCAGAGAGGUAAAUACUUUUCCAGACGUUGUGAGGGACUAUCAUCUGAGCAGUGUGUCGACUGCAAUAACGAUGACAUGAAACACGCCCAAUGUCUUUGUUUCAGGGCUGUGACCAUACCCGGCCACCAUCACAUCCCGAGACUGUGGAAUGUAGCUAACAGAAUGUAAGGGACUGAAAUAGAACAACUUCCUGCAUUCUCUUCCAUCAUCCCAGGGCCAGUGAGAGACUGAGGGCAGAUAUAUUACAUGUUUUCCGUUAAAAACAUACUUUAAAAAAAGGGAAGUGCACAGUGGCAUAACAUGUUAGUAAUUUAUCAGACGCUCUUAUCCAGAGCGAUUUACAGUUAGUGCAUUCAUCUUAAUAAACUGUAGCUAGGUGGGACGGGUUCUGGUGUAGUUUUUGAGCAUAGACUGAAAGACUGAAGCUAGGGAGGGGCAGUUUCUCUUGCUGUUUCGUAGGUAUGCACCAUGGUCUUGUAGUGGAUGCGAGCAUUACGGGAAUACUGUACAUGAGCUGGGAUGGCUUGCAAGAAGUUCUUAUAACUUUUUGCGUACUGACAGUACACCUUUCAUUCUGACUCCCUCUCUGUCUGCAAAUGAAUGAUUAUGCUGUCGUGUGUAGGCUAUAUAUUUUCACCAGGGGUCUCCAACAGGUCGAGCCAAACAACUCUGAAAGUACUUGCAAUUUUAACGUGUUCCACGACAAACUGUCCUUAACAAAUCCCACAAGUGUCCGCCACCGAAAGCUCCCAGCUACUAUGUAAUUAACGCAAAAUGUACAUUUAAAAAGCCAAACCUAACAAUAUCUGCCAAUGAAUUCCCAGCAAUAUUGCCCGUCUGUCUGGCUGUGUGGUGCGCGCGUUUGUCCAUCACUCCAGCCAGUUGACGUGACAAACCAUCUUGUGAGUUGACAGAAAUACUUUCCCCAAAACCUUUUCAAUUAAAUAUUUAUUGCAAGUAGGCUUACCUGGCAGAAGAAUAUAAUGAGUAUCUAUUAUUUGUUAUUUGAAAACUUGAAAUGCGCAGCAGUAUGGAACCAUUGCUGGACUGGCACAUUCCUCACUCAGAUGCGCAAUUAAAGGGCCAGAUGCGCAAUUACGGGAAAAUUGCACAAAGAUCUCUACAUUUGUGAGUUUCUUCCAGGCCUAAAAAAAAUUGUCCUCAGAGGCGAUUUAAGAAUUGACUUGCACUCAGAACAUCCCAUUUCGUUGUUUCUCUAUGAAUAAUUGUAAUUUUGAUGGAAAAAAUUCUAAAACCAGGAAAAACAACACUGACAACAAAUCUCUGAUUUUAGAGUUGUUUAUUAACCAUUAUUUUACCAGGUAUAUUGACAGAAAAUAUAGUGAACUACUUUCUCUUGUGUAUCAAGGACCUGGAGAAGAGGGCCUAUUUUAAAAUCUAGAAAGAAAUGAGUAGCUCUAAUGGCAGAAAAGGUUGGAGACGCCUGAUUUGCACUGAAUGUACCAAUGUUUUGGGGCUUUAAAUGGGGCUUUUGACUCUAUUCAUCCAAGUCUCGGUCUCUCAACCUCCAUGGUCUUCACAUUCACCACCAUCACUGAGUAACCGAUAAACCAUCACACCAACCCACUAGUUCUUUACUCACAGAAACACUUUAACUACAACACAACAUGCAUAUAUAUAUAUAUUAUCACCAAUUGUGACCAAUUUGAAUGUUGCAUCCAUGUUUCAGUUGUUCUCACCUUCUUAUAAUGGAAUGUUCUGUCUGUUCCUCUCUGGCUGGCUGUCUGCCUGUCUGGUCCUGUGACCGGCAGGACUCUAGGAUUAGAUACUGUCUGCUGGGGGGUUCAAGGCUGUGUCUUUGUCAGAGCUUCACUCUAUGCAAAGCUUUUUUCUCCAUGUCACUCCUUUAUGAUUGUAUGAGGAAAAAAAAACGAUAAAAAUAAUUGAUUAAA